GAAAAUGAGACAUAAAAUUUGACACAAAAAUCGUUCAUUGCCAUUCCGUCAGUCCGCGCCGCCGCCGCCGCCGCCGCCGAGUGCCGGAAUCAGACAGUCGAUGGGGGCUUCUCCUUGUGCACAGCUGCGUGACGACGACAUCAACCCACAACACCAACCAGUCACCGGCGACGGCCAUGGCCCUGCCACGGAAGAGGUUCGCGGACUCAUCAGGCUCUACAGGGACGGCCACGUGGAGCGCCUCCCCGCCGUCGCCAGCGUCCCUCCCGCCUCCACUCCCGACCUCGACGUCGUCUGUGAGGAAUUGAUCGUCGCCGGAGGUCUCACCGCCCGCCUCUACCUCCUGCCCAAGCUCCAAGCCCUGCCCCUGCUUGUCUACUUCCACGGCGGCGGCUUCUGCGUCGGCUCCGUCGCCUGGAGAUGCUACCACGAGUUCGCCGCCCGCUUGGCCGCGCGCGCCAACUGCGCUGUGCUGUCCGUCGACUACCGCCUCGCGCCGGAGCAUCCGCUCCCCGCGGCGUACGAGGACGGCCUCGGCGUAUUGCAGUGGGCGACCCAUCGUGCUUCGGGCGAGCUCGCGCGGUGGCGCCACCUCUGCGAUUUCAGCCGCGUGUUCCUCGCCGGCGACAGCGCCGGCGCCGCCAUCGCCUACCACGCGGCACUAAAAUACGAUGCCAGGUCCGAGGCGGCAGCGCCUCUCCGGGGAGCGAUUCUAAUCCAGCCGUUCUUCGGCGGCGCGGCGCGGACAUGGUCGGAGACGAACCAGCCGCAAUCCUCGAAGUCGGCGCUGAGCCUGGCGACGUCGGAUUGCUACUGGCGGAUGGCCCUGCCGGCGGGGGCGGACCGGGACCACCGGUGGUGCAACCCCCUCGCGGCAAAGCUUCCGGCGGCGGAGGCCUCGAGGCUUCCCGCUCUGCUGGUGUGCGACUCGGAGUUGGACAUUCUGAGGGACCGGAGCCGGGAGUUCUGCAAGGCGAUGAGCAGCGCCGGCGUCAGAGUCGAGCAGGUAACGAUGGCCGGAGUCGGGCAUGCCUUCCAAAUCCUCCAUAAUUACCCUUCGUCACAAGCGCGGACCACCGAGAUGUUGACACACAUCAAGGAUUUCAUCAACGACAGAUCAAAGUGAAGAACAGAAGACAUCAAAAUGGUUUCUUGAUUGAUAACUCUUUUUUUUUUUUUUUUUUUAUCUCUAUCUUUUUCUUUUCUAAUUGUUUGUGUAGAUCGAUACGUUUGGCUUCAUUUCGAUUCUGUGGUAUGUUUUUGGCGUCGCAGUCACAAUUCUUGAGCCUCACGCAAUCGGCUGGGUUCAUGUGGUGGGAGAAACAGGGCAUUUGCAUUUCUAAAGAACAAGGCCACUGUCUUGAUUUAACUUGAGGGAUUGAAUUGGCUUGUG